UGGUUGUUGUUUAAAAAGCGGCAAAAAUACAAAAUAUAUGUAAAAAAUAGUGCAAAAAUAAUGUUUUUAGUGAAUUAUAGUAGUUCUUCUGAAUCUGAAGAUGAAAAAUCCAAAGAGGUCGAUAAUUCAACGAUAAUAAACGAAUUACCAAAAACUCAAACAAACAGAAUAUUAUUACCACAAGCCAGUUCAUUAUUGGGAAAACAUAAACUGAAAUCGAACGAUGACGACGUCACCGAUGAUCCUUCAAAACAUGAUGGACGCAUAAGAAGUUUUAAACAUGAGCGUGGUAACUGGGCGACGUAUGUCUGUAUACCGGUAGAAACCAAUAUACUUGAAGACAUACAAGACAUUUGUCUUUCACAUUUAGAAGAAAACUUUAAUUUUAAGACUUCUUCUGAAAUGCAUAUCAGCUUAACAAAAACCAUUGUUUUGCAAUAUCAUUUCAUAGAAUCAUUUGUUGAAACUCUGAAAACAGCCUUACAAAGUGUGGAAAGCUUUACAGCGUCUUUAAACAAUAUAAAAGUCUACACAAAUGCCGAACGUACGCGCACUUUCUUAGCUUUAAAAGUAGACGACUUGUACUAUGAGAAAAUGUUAAAUAUUUUACAUAAAGUGGACAAAGUAAUGAAAGAUUUCAAACUCGCUACAUUUUAUGAGGACCCCUCUUUUCACAUUAGUAUUUUGUGGUGCACUGGUGAUAAUGUUAGUUUAGUGGAAGCUUUAGUGCCAACUAUAAUGGAAUCUCUAAUGGAACGUUUACCGCUGCAUUUGAAAUUUGAUAAAAUAUAUUGCAAAAGUGGUUUCAAAGAAUAUAAUUUUAAACUUAAAUAAUAUCAAUACAAUAGUAAAAUAAAAA